UCCGGAAUUGAAACCUGAUCAUGGAUUCGAUAGGCAGGAGUGAAAAAACCAUAAGGCCUGAUCAAUGUCUACUGAUUAUUAUUACAAUUGUAAUAGUAGUAGUGGACAGAAAGGCUAUUUACGGAAGUUAAACCAUAUAUUAAAUUAUUUAUAUGUAUAAUUACAACUAACAACAGUUAUUGCUAUAUUUUAGUUUAAUUUUCAAAUCUCUUUCUCUAUAUAUUUGCUUAUAAUUCACUUUCUUAUUAAACAACGGUAAAGAAAAGCAUGCAUUUAUUUUCAAUAGCUGACCACAAUUAUAACCGUAAGCUCCAGUGUAUACUAGGUUAACGUCGUUUAAUCCUUGGUCAAAAGCAAUUAAGCUUUCUUCAUAUUAAACGAAAAUGACGCUAUUGUCUUGACCAAGCAUUAUAUCUGAUAUAGAAAUAACUACAGCAAUCAACGUCAAGGCUGGAACUAAAUUACAUUUGUCUUCUAAUCAAGAACUACUCCCUUUAUCCAUUAAGAAUAUCUCCAUGUGUUAUAAAUUUGGACGGCGUGAAGAAUAUAUGAACGAGAAUGUAAUUCGGAAAAAAAAAAGUAAUAAAAAGAAUAAAACCACCGGCCGCCGAAACGAAAAACAGAAAAAAGUGUCAGGUAAAGGAAUCUGAUUAAGAGAUCACACACACACAUACGUUUGAACAACCUGUCAUUUCCAGGUGGAUGCUCCACUUAAUACUCUACUCUAAGAUCUAGGGAAUAUUUAAUUGUAGAAAAUGGAAGAGAAUUCAAGACUCUUUAUGCAGUUAGCUAACCUAUUCUCCCAGCAAAAUGCGCCACAAACGACUACAGCUGGUACUGUUUCUAAUGGUUCAACUGCAGCUCCUGUGAAUUCCUCUCCCAUGAACAAUGCUGUGGCUGAAGUAGCCAGACUUCUGAUUAACUUAAUGCCACAGAUACAGCAGGCUUCUACUGCAUCUUCUCAGCAACCUUCACAACCACCACCACCACCACCACCACCACCACCACCACCACAACAACCACAACAACAACAACAGCAACACCAAUCACAGUCAAUACCACCUUCAUCACAAAAUCCACAUCAGCCAUCAACUUCAUCACCACAGUCGCUACCACCACAGCCAGCAUCACCUCAACAUCAGCAACAACAACUCCUUCAAAAUUCUCAACAGUCUGAAGCAUCUCUGAGCCACCAGUCCCAGGGAGGUAAUUCUAAUCAAAAAACUCUACAGCCACAGCAACCUCAUAUUGCCCCACAGCAACAAAUUUCACAGUCAUCACAGAUCCAAUCCAAACAUCAGCAACAUCAACCAGAACAGAUUCAUCAUCAGCAGCAGCAUCAACAGCAGCAACAACAAAUACAUCAGCAACCUGAACAACAGUCACAACAGCAAACCCAGCUACAUCACCAUGAUCAACAACAACAACAGCAACAACAAAGUCAGCAUCAUCCCCACCAACAACAGCAACAGAAUCACCACCACCAUCAAAUCCAUCAACAACAGCAACAACAACAAAGAAAUCAGCAGCAUCAUCAUCAACAACGACAACAACAAAAUCAGCAACAACAAAACCAACAACAACAACAACAACAAAAUCAUUAUCAUUCAGAACAGUUGCAUCAAUUACAACAUCAAUUACAACAACUGCAACAACUGCAUUCAUCCAAUCAAUCACUACAACAAUCUCUUCAACUAUCUCCACAGGUGAAAGAAAAUGCUUCGUUGACCACCGUAGCCAUAUCUCACUCGAACACUGAAGGUGUCAGCACAAACGUUACUUUACCGUAUUGGCCGACCACCACAUGCAGGAGUUCACCGACGUACUCAAUGUCCACCUUGAAUGACUUACAGUUCGAUGGUGCUCCAGCGAAACGUGCCAUGGGUGAUAAAGGAGCAUUCAACUUGCCUUACAUGUUGCACAGACGUCAUCGUUUACCAAGGGAGAAGAUGAAAAGGGGACCAAAGGAAAAAGAGUUCUUUCGAUGCUUUCUAUUUUGUUUGCCGGAUAUGUAUGCAAAAAUGCCCAAAUUUACGUCAAGUGACCCCCUUGAGCAAGAGAUUGUGCGCUCCUACCAGACCCAAGGUUAUGGGUUUCCUAGCCAAGAUUAUAUAAAUGGAGUUCCCAGAAAAACUUACCUGUGCCUUAAACAAAAAGAAGACCGCUUCCUCCAGUACCUCAUUAGUAUCUAUCCUGUACUUGAAGGUAAAAGGUUUGAACUUUACCGAGUGGAUAGACAGAGAAAUCUCAUACAACUCUCCGACCGCACUCCACGAGCUAUCAAAGACACAAAAUAUCAAGGAACCAUCAUAAUAAUACCGUUCAGUCGAUCCCCUUAUCAAGAUGCAGAACACCCAAUUAAUGUUAAUUCAGAAAUAAGGUUUGGCCAGGGCGACAGUAACUCACCUCCUCUGGAAAUUGUUCAAACUGUUGGCAAUGCAAGUUUUACGUCCACAGAUGAUGAACAAUCGUAUGGUGAAAUGUCAACAUCACAUCUGUCAUUAGAUGAGGGUGUUUUGACCAAUGAUUCGUCGCCGUAUCAAAGAUCUUUUGAAGAAAGCUCCCAAAGAAAUAAUUCAGACUUCAACCGACUAGAUCUUUUUACACGGUUAAUUAAUGCCAGAAACCAGCUGACUUCUGUACGAGAUCUCACAAUGCCUCCCAAAUUGCAUUUAGUGGAUCGACUUUUUCCUCUCUAUCAGAAUGAUGAAGAUAUUUGCAACUGUUGCUUGAAUCUCACCUCAGUCAAAGAAACUGAACCUGGCGAUAACACAGCCUCCUUACAGGCUAAAAAAAUGUUUUGCAGCUUUUGGAAAAAAAUUCUUCAUAAACAUUUUUCUGGUUCCUUUGAAAAGUAUCCAGUUGUGUGUCCAGAGAAUGGUGGAGACUUCUUUGAAGUUCUCGGGAAAAUACUCUCUCAUGGUUUUCUUCUUUAUGGCUAUUGGCCUGUCCGCUUUGCUAAAGCAUCUGCUUGUUUUAUUAUUACUGAAAUUCAAAAUGAAGAUAGUCUUCUGAAAUCUUUCAAAAAUACUCUCUCAGAGUUUGAACUGUGUGUUGUCAAUGCUGCUUUAAAGGAAGCUAGAAUGUUGCCACCAAAGUUUUCUGCAAACCUUGAAGAAAUGUUAGUAACAGUUCUUGGGAAAUAUGGUAUUUUAAAUGUUCCUGCUCCCUGUGACCUUAGUGACACUCUUCAACGGAUUGCACAAACUAUUUUAAUUCACCGGCCUUAUUGGGCGCUUAAGCAACUGGCUGAUGGGUGCAAAAAGUCCAUUUCAUGCUCUUUUAUCAGUGAAAUGUCAGAAGAUGAUGUAGACUAUUUAUACCAUUCGUUGGUUCCUGAACCACCUGUUCUCAUUCCUAAGAUUGAAUACAAACAUUGUGAUGCCAGUGAAGAAGGUUCUUAUGUUUUAGAGAAAAAAGUCCGAGAUCAAUUUGAAACCUAUCUCUGGUCUGUUAAUCGAGAGCAGCUUGAAGUGAUUGUGGAAUGCUGGGGUGGAUGUGAUUGUUUAAUAGCUCCAAAAUAUUACGUACAGUUCUCCAUGCCAGAGCAAGGCUAUGGGGCCGUCUUUCACUGCCAACAAAACCUGCUCAUCUUAUCAAAGCGACUUGUAAAUAAGACAGAUAUUGCUGAUGCUCUCAAGAAAGCAACUGAAUUAGAAAGUGCUGAAUAGAAUUGACGAAUCUCUCUCUUGAAAGAUUACUACUUGUGAUAUUGAUUUAUUUAGCUUUGAUCUGAUCUAUCAUUCCCUCUUCAACCUUCAACUGAAGCUAGUUUUUCAUCUUUUGUAUACAUUAAUGCAUAAAAAUGAUUAAAGUGACAAAGAACUAUUACAUUCAUUCGAAUCAGGAGCAAGGAACUUAUAUCAUUACUUAAGAGCAAUGCAAGUGUCCCUUGAAGUAUUGCGUCAGAGGGUUAUUAACAAAUACUUUAGCUUUCAUAUAAUGUAUCUUGGGCUAACCAGUUUGGUAGAACCAGUCUUUCUUUUGGUGUAUACCUAUUGAAGACAUUCCUGGGUUAUUAUUAUGCCCACUGGAACUGUUGAACUCAGCAAUGCCAACUAACAAACCACUUGUUGACUUUACAGUUCUGUCACUGUUUAAGACAGUGAGCUCAUGCAGCACCUUUUUUUACAAAUAAAUAAAACUGGACCAUUUGAGAGUUAAAUGUGUUGACUACUGACAAAACAGAAUAUAAACCACCGAAUUCUUGGCUGGUUGUCUCAUCCCCUACUUCCUUAGCCAUUUGCAUUUUCAUAAAUUAAAGGAAAUAUUUAAAAAACAAUUCACAAAUAGAUUAUUAUUGAAUAUAUUUUUCAGAUUCUCUAAAAAUCAUCUACGAAAUAUUUCUUUUAAAGCAUUUAGUAAAUAAGGAUUAAAUAUUUUUAUUUAAAUUCUUAUAAAUAAGCAACAAAUAUCCUGUCAUCUCUCUAUACUCUUGUACUAAUCCAUUUAAAAAAAAAAAUUAGCAAAGAUCAAUGAAAUGUAUUGAGUAUAGAGAAUUAAAAUUAUUGGGAAUAUUUUAGUUUGUGUGUUUGUAAUUUUUAAUGUUAUCUUCGCUGCUGAUGUUUAAGAAAUAUCUGUUAAAAAUUUGUCAGUGCUAAAUUGCUAUGAUGGAAAUUACAUUUUUAAAACUUAAUUUAAAAAAAAUACCUGAUAACAUCCAAUAAAACAUGAACCAUUUUUU